AUGGACAAAAAUUUUUCACCAUCUUUUUGUGCAGAUGAAGAAGACGACUACAUAGACAUGGAUUUGAGCUUUUCAUCCACAAACUCCCCUUACUACUCCCCAAAUUCUUCCCCACAAAGCAAAGAUUUUGAGUUCCAAAUGUCCUCCAUUUCCAAUGACAAAGGAAUCACCACUUCUUCAGCUGAUGAACUCUUCUACAAAGGCCAACUCCUCCCUCUCCACCACCCCCUGCGGCUGAAAAUGGUUCAAAAACGCCUCGAAACCUCCUCCAGCACAACCAUCACGACCUUCUUGGAGAACACCAAACCGGGCUUUGAAGAAGAGAAUCAUCAAGAAACACCAUUCAUGACUUGCUUCAACAACACUAGCUCCUCCUCAGUGGAGUCCUGUAGUGCGAGUUGUGAACUGAACCCUGACAAGAAUUUCUUUGAACGGUCUGCUGAAUUAAGCAGUUUCAUCAACGAACAGCACGCAAAGAAUUCUUGGUCCAAAAAGAUGAAACUCAUGAAGCCAUCCAUACUUGUUCAGAAGCUCAAGGCUUCAAGGGCUUGUCUGAAAUCUCUAUUCUGCAAGUCCGCGUGCAAUUUAGAAGCUGAAAACUUGUCAAAAUUUGAGGAAUCUUCAAAUGAUGAGCAUAUAAAGAUUACCAGGAAAAAACCAUUUGGAAGUAUGGGAAAAUCUACAUGCCCAACAAUGUCAAUAGCUACUAUAACAAAGAGCAUUGAUAAAGAGGGGAUUGGGAAUGAAAAUGUCCACAGGAGGUCAUUCUCCGGGGCAAUCAAACGACACUCUGCAACUAAGCGUUUGUCUUUUUCCUCGUCUUCAUCUUCAUCCAUUUCUUCGUCUGGUGCUUCAUCCUCCUCGUUCAGUAUCAGUGGUUUUCAAGAAUUAUAUUUUCUCAAGAGGAGCAGCAGUGCCACUAAGAUUGAACGUUCAAUAGAGGCAGCCAUUGCUCACUGCAAGAAAUCUCAACAGCUUUCUUGA